AUGUCCGGCGGAGUCGACUCAUCCGUGACGGCAAAGCUCAUGCUAGACCAGGGCUACGAUGUCUCCGGAAUUUACAUGCGCAAUUGGGACACCCGAGACGAGUCCGGCACCGACGAAGGCUGCGAAUGGAAAAAGGACUGGAACGAUGUCCAACGAGUAUGCGAUAUUCUCAGCAUACCGUGUAAAAUGGUCGAUUUGUCGAAGGAAUAUUGGAAUCGAGUUUUCCAGCCGUCUUUGGACGCUUGGGCCAGUGGUGUGACGCCCAAUCCCGACGUUCUAUGCAACAGGCAUGUGAAGUUCGGGGCCCUUCACGAGCACAUGGGUCUGCUAGCUGCAGAGGAUACUUGGUUUGCGACAGGGCACUAUGCUCGCAAAUCUUGGUCAAACGGGCGGCCGACCUUGCUAGCGGGCCUUGACCCGGUCAAAGAUCAGUCCUACUACCUCGCCAGCAUCUGCGAGUCCAAUCUCCGACCAGCCCUCUUCCCUCUUGGAACACUGCAUAAGUCAGAGGUCAAACGGCUCGCCCGCGAGUUCAAGCUACCCGUUGCUGACCGCAAGGAGAGCAUGGGGAUAUGCUUCGUCGGUCAGAAGGGGAAAUUCAAGGAAUUCCUAUCUAAGUACCUCGAAGGCAAGGCCGGGUCAAUACGAAGCUUGGAGACUGGCGAGGAGAUUGGUGGGCACGAGGGUCUGUGGAAUUACACCGUCGGCGAGCGUGCGCGCAUCCCGAACAUGCUGCAGAGGUGGUAUGUGGCCGACAAGGACACGGAAAAUAACAUCGUCUAUGUCGUUCCUGGACCUGAUCACCCUGCCCUUUUCAAGCGCUCCACGUCCGUGGACCACUUCGACUGGAUAUGGAAAGACGCACCGCCUGAAGACAUCGACAGCCUAGAUGGUCUGAAGGCGUUUGUCAAAUUCAUCUAUCGGAUGUCGCCAACGAGAUGCACUGUGCGCAGACAAGGGCAAGGCGUGCAGAUCCUGCUUGAUGAGCCCAUGCGGGAUGUCUCGCUGGGGCAGGUCGCCGUCAUCUAUCACGGCGAUGAACGGAGAGUACUUGGUUGCGGGACUAUCACGUACACAGCAUCGUAG